GGACCGAGCCCCGCCCCGUUAGCCCCGGGUCCGAGCCGGGCCCGCCCAGGCGAGGUGGAGCUCGGCGCGGCCUGCACCAUGGCGGGGAGCGGCGCCGGGCCGGGCCGCCUGUGGAGACUCUGCAACCUGCUCAUGGCCGCCUUCUUCGGGCUGGCGGCCGCCGUGCAGAUAAAUGACCCUGAUGCAGGACUGUGGAUAGUGGUCUACAUUGUACCUGCUGUCCUUACGCUGCUUGUUGGCCUUAAUCCGUCAAUUACAGAUAAUGUCAUCUGGAGGAGCCUGUCAGAUCUGCAUUCUGCUGCUUGUUUAGUUGGAACCGUUGCCUUGGGGUGCUCUUUGUUCGCUUAUGCAAAAAGUAACAUCUUGCAUGAAGAGGAAGGAAGGGAGUUGUUUGGUCUGGUGAUUAUUACAAUAUGGAUGAAUCUUUGCCGCAAUUCAGCAAAAAAUCCCCUGGGUGGAAUUCGUCUGAUGGUCGCAAUUUCUCUCUCGCUCUUCCCCUUUGUAACAUGGCUUUACAUUUACAUGAACUCAGAGAUGCGAUCAUCCUGGCCAACUCACUGCAAAACUGUGAUUUAACCAGGCAGGAACACACACACACAAUAAAUAUUCAAACAGCUAUUUGCCUUCAGCUUUCAGUUCUCAGUUGAAAACUGGUAUCAGAACAACAGGAACUGCAACUAUGGCCCAAGAGCACGUUGUUGCCUCAAACAGCACGGUUUGAGAUUUGUUAUCAUCAUUAUCCAUCCAUCUCCUCUUUCCAUGGACCAACCUGUGGAUUUCAAACUGUGUCCUUCAUGUAGUGAUGACACCACAGCCCCUGUAUCACUGUCUCCUCCAGUACCACAAUGAACAGGAGCAGGGGCAGACUAGAUCCUGGUAAAUAUGUGCCCUUAGUGUGGAUGAACAAUUGUACAGCAGCGUCUGCUAGGAACUCCUAGAAAGGACAGAAGCAUUCAAAUGUGAUCCUCUCUUCCUCCCUCAGGGCCUGCAGGUGAGCAGCCAGACUCUUAUGGGCAGUGAUAUCAAUGGCUGCUGGGAGACCUGAAACAACUAGCAGGGGUAGCUGUUCUGUCUGUUUAGUCAAUGAGAAGAGCUCAGUCUCUGCCAUACCUAGGCUGAAAGUGGACAAGGAAUUUAGAAGGUUUUUGGAGAACUGCAGAGUUGCUUCUCAGCUGAAUCACAAAUUUCUUAGAAAUCUUCUCCACAAAUUAUUAAAGGUGUCAAGUAUGGCUGUUGUGGUCUUUAUUACUGACUGAUGGGCCAGCGAAGACAUGGGACUAUGGGAAGGAUUGACAGGUACUAUGGUCCAGUGGCUAGGACACCAGCCUAGGAGUCAGAGGCCUGCAUUCUAUUCCCAACUCCACCACUGACCUCCUGUGUGACCUAAACCAAGUCAUUACACCAAGCUGUUCUUUUAUUUCCCUUCCUACCCUUUAUCUGCUUCGUCUGUUACGGAGGCAUCAAUUGCAGUUUCAUAGUUAAGGUUAAGUUUGGUUUUGUAUUAAAAGCAGGGAUUCAGCCUUUGUGUAUGACAAAUACAGUAUGUCCUCUCCAAGCUUAAUCAUUUGCCCUUUGAAUACAGAAUGACUUUUCUAAGUAUUUAUGAGUAAUUAUGUUAGAGUUAAAAUUAAAUGGGUAUUUUUAGAAAUUUA